AUGGCGCCAAUGAAGGUGUAUGGGUGGGCCGUGUCGCCGUGGAUGGCGCGCGCUCUGGUGUGCCUCGAGGAGGCCGGCGUGGAGUACGAGAUCGUCCCGAUGAGCAGUAACGAACUGUUCUCUCUUGUGCAGCCGUUCGGUGAAAUCCCAGUUCUGGAGGACGGUGAUCUGACGCUCUACCAAUCACGCGCCAUUGCACGGUACGUUCUUUGCAAGUACAAGCCGGAGCUUGUCAAGGAAGGCGACCUGGAGGGAUCAGCAAUGGUGGAUGUAUGGAUGGAGGUGGAAGCCCACAACAUCGAGCCCACCCUGUGGCCCAUCAUCCGGCACUGCAUCAUCGGCCAGUACGUCGGGCGCGACCGCGACCAGGCCGUCAUCGACGAGAACCUCGAGAAGCUGAGGAAGCUGCUGCCGGUGUAUGAGGCGAGGCUGUCAGUCUGCAAGUACCUAGCGGGGGACGACAUCACCGCCGCCGACCUCUGCCACUUCGGUUUCAUGCGCUACUUCAUGGCCACCGAGUACGCCGGCGUGGUGGACGCGUUCCCGCACGUCAAGGCUUGGUGGGAUGCUCUGCUGGCUAGGCCGUCGGUGCAGAAGGUGAUGGCCGGCAUGCCGCCGGAUUUUGGGCAUGCCAGCGGCAACAUUCCGUAG